AUGCUUCUCCUGACUCCUGUCUUGGUAGCCCUUGUCUGCAUUUUGAUUGUGUGGAUCUUUAAAAAUACCAAUAGAAGCAUCAAGAAAAGAAAAGUGGAGUCUCAAGCCAGGGCCGAGACUCGUCCAUGGAUGGAUGAAGACUUAAGAGACAGCAGUGACCUCUACCAAGUGGAAGAAGAUGGUGAUGAAUGGCAAGAGUCGGAAGAAACCAUCGACCACAUUCCAUUUGCCCACACUCGAUAUUCUGAGGAGGAGAUGGCCAAGAGAUCCCAGGAAUUUUAUGAACUUCUCAACCAGAGACGAUCUGUCAGGUUCAUAAGUAAUGAGCAAAUCCCAAUGGAAGUCAUUGAUAACAUCAUCAAAGCGGCAGGAACAGCGCCAAGUGGAGCCCACACAGAGCCUUGGACCUUUGUGGUUGUGAAGGACCCAGAUGUGAAGCAUAGGAUUCGGGAGAUCAUCGAGGAAGAAGAAGAGAUAAACUACAGGAGAAGAAUGGGAGUCAGAUGGGUGACAGACCUGAAGAAACUGAGAACCAACUGGAUUAAAGAGUACUUGGACACAGCCCCUGUUUUGAUUCUCAUUUUCAAACAAGUACAUGGUUUUGCUGCAAACGGCAAAAAGAAGGUCCACUACUACAGCGAGAUCAGUGUUUCCAUCUCCUGUGGCCUCCUCCUGGCUGCCCUGCAGAUACAGGAAGGAAUUGCUCUGCAGCAUCAGACCGCGAGCUGCCAUCUAUGUGAGGGUCCUGCAAGAAGCAGUUUAGGCCUGAAGAGAGCUCAGUUCACGAAGUGGCUUCUGUGCGUUGGAAUCACUUUCCUGUUGAGUUUGCUGCCCUCUAGCUUUCCAUAAGGCAUAGUUCUGUGUGUAGGUCACAAUUUGUGAGGAAGGAAAGAAGUCUUCAGGAAGCCCUCAUCUGGACAGAUUGCAGACUGAAUGAACUAAUGACCUUGCUAUACUAUACAUGACCCUCCCAGCAGCAGCAGAACUUCCUUAUGGCUCAGGCUUACCUUGGCAACCUGAUUGGAAAUGCUUGGCUGGGAGGUGUAUGGAAACUACAUUUAUCUAGCAAACUCAUUGCUUUCACUAAACCAACCAGUUGCCAUUGAACUGACUCUGACUCAUGGUGACCCCAUGUAUCUCAGAGUAGAACUGCACUCCAUAGGGUUUUCAAUGGCUAAAUUUUUGGAAGUAGAUCACGGGGAACUUCUUCCGAGGUGCCACGGGGUAGACUCAAACCUUCAACUUUUGGAUUAGCAGUCAAGAACCUUAACCAUUUGCAUGUUUGUUUAUUAUUUAGAGGAGCUUGGGGAGAAUAGUGGUUAAGUGCUAUGGCUGCUAACCAAAGGGUUGGCAGUUUGAAUCCACCAGGCUGUCCUUGGAAACUCUACUCUGUCCUAGAGGGUCACUGUGAGUCAGAAUCGACUCGAAGGCAACGAGUUUUGGGGA